AACAUGAAAAGCAAUCAAACGUUUAUUAAACGAUGUAGCUGCACCGUGAAAACCGUACAGUCGGGAACGACAGCGUGACUCCUGAGACGAGGAUUCCUCGAACGUUAGAAUUUCCCUUUGUCGUUGGUUCCAUGCUUCGCACGGAAAAAAACUUUGACCCCAGUUAUGAAUGAACCACUGCCGAGCGAUAGUGGUGACUGCUAGCCACUUAGUGCCGUGCCGACGGAGUUGCCGUGUUUGUGUGUGCCUAGCCGACCACCUCUUGUACCUAAUCGACUACAUUCGUGCGUGCCAGGGAACAUAUUGUAAGAUGUGAUUUUGUCUCAUGGCGAGGGAGCCUUCGUCGUGAGAUCUACUGUGCUCUUCCCGUACGGAGCACUUCGUUCCGAGUAUAGUACGGUCCGCGGGUUACGUAAAUUCGUAAAAAAAGAACGGAUAUAUCGGAAAACCGAACGACGUUACAGUAAAGUCCCGUGAAACGAGAAAUAAUAAAAGGAGAGGAGAGCGAGCGAAACGUGCGUAAAACGUCGAAAUGAGGAAGGCAGCGUUUGAUAAAGUUAGUAACGUGCAGAGAAACAUUUCGACAUACGAAUCGUACGGUAUUGCGUCCGGAAACUCGAAGGAUGCUGAGUAUCGGUACAACAGCGUGAAUUAUAGCAACGCGCAGGAGAAGAGCUUUCUGCAACGGAGCAUUUCCGCGGAUAAUGUUGUAAUACGUUCACGAGGUUUCAAACCCUCCGAUAGACACGACCCCGUGAAGAGGAACUUCCUUGAGCAUCUGACUACAAAGAUAUUACACUUCGACAUGGAGAGCAACAGCAGCACUCCGGUGAACCUGCAGAAACUGCUCACCCCCGCCUCGGACUCGGAGGGGAUCGUGCAAUCGAAGAACAGGAAAAUGUUUGCCUCCUCGUAUUUUUAUGCACCGACGCACCCGACGGUCGAGGACCAGGUGGAGCUCGCCCGGCGAAUCUCGCACUCGUUGAGCGACGUGAAAAACAUGAAAAGCAAAGGGCAAUCGAUGUACGUGAACAGGAAGAAACGAUCCGUGAAAUGGAUACACGACGGUAACGGUAUGGAGGAUAUGGAAGAGCCAUCAACCCCUGCCCAUAGGGAUAAAAUUCCAUUGAAAUGCAUGAUGAACCCGCAUGGGAAAGUGUUGGAUAUACAUGGCAUCCAAGCCCUGGGCGAGGAAGUGAACAUCGAACCGAUGCCGAAAAACCCCGAGAAACUUUUUAAUAUCGUUCGUGACCUGAACACUCAGAAAGGCCGCGGUGCCGAGAUAUUUGCGAAGCGCAGGAAAAGGUCUGAGAAAUGGGUGGUGGACACUGAUCAACCGCAAACGCCCGGCACGCCAGGAAUGCCGAAAACACCGAUGUACCCGAGGAAACAGGAAAUGAACGGCAACUCGAAGUUCUCGUCCGCGCCGUUCUCGCCACUCGCGGCCGAGCCAUUCGACGAGAAACCGUUUUACAACCCCUUUACCGUGGACUUGUCUCUGAACGAUACAAAUCCGCCCACAACAGACAGGAAUCAAUACCGGUGCAACGGUAAAGAGUGCAACCACUUAACCGAGGUGAAAAAGAUUUAUCUGCGGGAAGUGGCUGUCGGCACCGACAACGAUUUCCCUCACGAGAAAUAUCGGUCGUCGGUCGUCGAGAAAUCACGGCGGACCGCUUUGGAACCUAACAACGAGCGGUAUAGCAAUUACCACGCGCAGAGUAACAAUUACGAGCCGCCGACUAACGCUAGCAGGCGUAAUCAUAACAAGGCUUCGCUGGCUAGAUCGAGUUUCCCCAAUAGAUCCAGCGCGACUAACAAAGACGGCAAAAGCUACGCGAAAGAGCAACGCGUGACAGAACGCGUGCAGAUCAAUACCAGAGAGAAGAUCGUGAACACACAACGGGAAACGGAGGAGACGCGCGUCGACAACGAAGGGAACGAGUACACGCCGGUGCCCGUGAAACAAUUGAUACAGGAAUUCGAGAAAACUUGCAGGCCGGUUCUGCAGUACAAGCAGAUCAGUCCCAAGGUUAUCCCGAUCGUCCAGCACUGCUCUCUAGAUAAUGACAUAGCGCGGUUCUUCGAGACUCGCAAUUCAGUCAAGUACAACGCCGAGGAGGAGCACAGGAGAGCGAGCGGUCAGCAAGCGUACGAGGACGCCAUGAAGCUCCAGGAUCACCGCAACAACGGUUACGUGUCCACCGACGACACCGAGUACACCAGCGAUGAGUCCGAUUCGCAAACGAACGAGUACGGCAGCGAGGAGAUCGUUUAUCGCGAGAAAUCGGAGUCGUCGAGCGCGAUGAACGGCGAGCAGGAGUACUCGUCGAUGUACCACGAAGAGUACACGAACCGGCGCCGCUCGGUUACGUCCCAGGAGGUCGAGGACUUCUGCGGCAACGUCGCCGACGAUAAAUACGUGAACACAGAGACUGACGUGCCAGUGGAAGCGAAAUCGCUGUUGCUCUCGAUGAUAGCCUCCCAAGAGGACAUCCUGCAGACCAUUAAACACUUGCGUAACACGCCGGUUCUGGACAAUUUGUUGCACGGCGUCGCUUCGCCGGACUUUAAGUUGAAUGAUGCUUGCGAUGAGGACGUAGGUAAGAAGCUGUACGAGAACAACGGUUACUCAGGACCGAAGCUGGGCAGCGUGUGCAACCUGGCGAAUUACAACACCGCGCCACGUGGCUGGGACCAGUCUCUCACGUACUAUCGACCGAUCAAGUUCGAGAAACCGCAGGAGAUCGUCUAUUCCGACUUUUAGGCGUAGGGUACAUUGUUAAAUCGACUUGGGCACUUGGGUAUGUUACCGACAGUGUAAAUAAUUUUCUUUGCCACUUCUCGGUUAUUCGUGUCAUUUGAAAUCGUGUAUCCAUUACAGAAGAAACACGUGUCGCAAAAUGUCGUUGAACAGUUGGAAAUUGCGACCGUGUUUGUAGGGUAAACAGAGAAUCUUUUUAGUGAACAAAGCGACGCGGUCUCGCGCCUGUCUCUUCGAUCGUGUCGCAGAUGGUUUUGGAUUUACUUUUUCCCCCUCGCCUGCCCGUUCUGUUCAUAUUUCCCACCUUCAACGAUCGUCCACGUCGAACAGCAAGAAUUCACUCGGAGAUCAUGAAAUCGUUGAAGUCCCACAUUGAGGGCCACGCAUCGCAUACAUAAUAUAUCCGCAAAUGUUGAAGCUUCGUUUUGUUUGGUGUACCUACCUCUCUCAUUCUGAACAUGUUGAUUUUUAUUUAUGCCGC